CAGGAGGAGCUGACCAAUGGCCAGAAGAGAGGAAUGUCCUUCGGUUCAGACAGAGGACCUGGGAGCAGCAUGGAGAGCCAGGCAAGGGACAUCACCCCCUACCCAACCUGCUUAAGACCAGAAGUGAGGGUGAAAGCGAAAGAGAAGCAAAACACGCCAGUGUCCUCUGAGUAAAGGUGAAAGUGAAAGCAGGAAGCGUCAGUGGAGCCCCACAGAGAACAAGGCUUUGGCCCUUCGGGCUCCUGGCUGGUCUCACUCCUCUAACCAUCGACCCCCAAUUCCUGGACUGCCCUGCUCACCCCAAGAUGCUGAAGACAGCUCUACAGACCCAAGGGGGAUUCUCCUUCGAGAACUGCCAGAGAAACUCAUCCUUGGAACGGGCGCUCCCGGGGCUCCGGGUCCCUCAUGCGCUCAAGACCGGAACCACCAUCGCGGGUCUUGUGUUCCGAGACGGGGUCAUCCUGGGGGCGGAUACGCGGGCCACUAACGAUUCGGUCGUUGCGGACAAGAGCUGCGAGAAGAUCCACUUCAUCGCGCCUAAAAUCUACUGUUGUGGGGCUGGAGUAGCCGCAGACGCCAAGAUGACCACGCAGAUGGUGGCAUCCAACAUGGAGCUACACGCACUGUCUACCGGCCGCGAGCCCCGCGUAGCUACCGUCACCCGCAUUCUGCGCCAGACGCUCUUCCGGUACCAGGGCCACGUGGGUGCGUCUCUGGUCGUGGGCGGCGUAGACGUGACAGGACCGCAGCUCUACAGCGUGCACCCCCAUGGCUCCUACAGCCGCCUGCCCUUCACGGCCCUAGGCUCCGGCCAGGAUGCGGCCUUGGCGGUGCUGGAGGACCGGUUCCAGCCGAACAUGACGCUAGAGGCUGCACAGGGGCUGCUGGUGGAAGCCAUCACUGCAGGAAUCCUGGGUGACCUGGGCUCCGGGGGCAGUGUGGAUGCAUGUGUGAUCACAGAGACCGGUGCCAAGCUGCUGCGAACCCUGAGCUCUCCCACAAAGCCCAUAGAAAGGCCUGGCCAGUACCGCUUUGCCCCUGGAACCACAGCUGUCCUUUCCAAGACAGUGGUGCCACUGCCCCUGGAGCUGGUGGAGGAAACUGUGCAGACCAUGGAGGUGGAGUGAAAUAGGCUGAGCCUUAGAGCUUGGAACAAGGGGGAAUAAAUGCAGAAAAUACA